AUGGCUGAAAAGGUUUACUUGGACGCACAGUUGUCCAGAGUUGACACAGACGAAGAUAUCGAAAAGCAACAAUUGUUUGGUGAUGAUAACAUAGUAAUCGAGAGAUCUUCGCAAUUAUUUUACGAUGGUCAAUCUGAUAGCAAGGUUCAUGGUAUAACUUCUGGUCAUGGUUCGGAUGUUAAGAACGUUGUUACUCAUACGUCAGAAUUCGAUGGUAAACAUGAUGGUAUCAGAUUGAAGAAAGCUCUAGAGGCUAGACAUGUUUCUAUGAUUGCUAUUGGUGGUUCCCUUGGUACUGGUCUUCUUAUCGGUACAGGGUCUUCUCUUGCACUUGCAGGACCAGCUGCCAUCCUUAUCGCUUAUGCGUUUGUCGGAUUGUUGGUGUUUUUCGUUAUGUCUUGUCUUGGUGAAAUGGCAGCUUAUAUCCCUCUAGAUGGGUUUACCUCAUAUUCUACUAGAUACGCAGACCCUGCCUUGGGUUUCGCAGUCGGUUACGCAUACUUGUUCAAAUACUGGAUUAUCGUUCCUAACCAAUUGACCGCUGGUGCUCUUGUCAUUCAGUACUGGGUCGAUCGUGACAAGGUGAACCCCGGUGUAUGGAUCACUAUUUUAUUGGUCGCUAUCAUUACAAUCAAUUUCUUGGGUGUUAGAUUCUUUGGUGAAAUCGAAUACUAUAUCUCUGCAGUGAAGAUUACCGUCAUGCUGGGUCUUAUCAUUUUGUUGUUGGUUCUUGCAUGUGGUGGUGGUCCAAACCAUGAGGUGUUGGGUUUCAAAUAUUGGAAAAAUCCAGGUGCAUUCAAAGAAUACUCUACUGCCAUCACUGGUGCUAAGGGUAGAUUCGUGUCGUUCGCUUCGGUUUUCGUGCUAGCCCUUUUCGCUUAUUUGGGUACUGAACUAUGUGGUAUCGUUGUCUCUGAAUGUAAGAACCCAAGAAAAGCGGUUCCAAAGGCUAUCAAAUUGACCAUGUACCGUAUUAUCGUUUUCUACUUGAUUUCCAUCUUCUUGCUUGGUAUGUGCGUGCCAUUCAAUGAUCCAUUGUUAAUUAGCGCUAAGAGUGCCAAGACAUCUGCAUCUGCAUCGCCAUUUGUCGUUGCCAUUGUUAACGCAGGUAUCCCAGUUUUGCCCCACAUCAUGAAUGCUUGUAUUUUGAUCUUUGUGUUUUCUGCUGCCAACUCUGAUCUUUACGUGGCUUCUAGAUCCCUUUACGGUUUGGCAAUUGAUAACAAGGCUCCAAGAAUCUUUGCUAAGACAAACAAACAAGGUGUGCCAUACUGGUCAUUACUGGUAGGUGUCUUAUUUGCAUUAUUAGCAUACAUGAACGUUUCUUCCGGUAGUUCUGAAGUUUUCACAUAUUUCGUCAAUUGUGUGUCUAUCUUUGGUCUACUAAGUUGGAUCUCAAUCUUGAUCACAUAUAUCAGAUUCGACAAAGCUUUCAGGGUUCAAGGUAUCGAUAAAUCAACCUUGGCUUACCAAUCGCCUUUGCAACCAUAUGGAGCUUGGUUCUCCUUAUUCUUUUGCAUUUUGAUCGGUUUGAUCAAAAACUUCCCUGCAUUCUUAGGUGACACCUUCGACUACAAGUCAUUCAUCACUGGUUACAUUGGUAUCCCAACUUACAUCAUCUCAUACAUCGGUUACAAAUUGUGGUACAAGACCAAGAUCAUCCCAUCCGAAGAAGUUGAUCUCGUCUCAUUCAAAGAAGCAGUCGAUUUGGAAGAAGAAGAAGGUAAAAUGUUAGAUGAGGAAAGAGCUGCACAUCUUGCAGCACACGGAAAGGAUCUCAAAUGGUGCUACGAAAAGAUCUUCGGCUGGGUCAUGUGA